UAUUGUUUCUGGCAGCUGGAGGGUCUAUUGAUGAUGGCCCCUGGAAGCAGAGGCAUCCCUAGGGUUGGUGUCACCCGGUGCGGUAACACUUGGUGACACCCCCUCCGACGAUCCCCGCAGAAUGGAUCGGAUCUGCGGAUUGAGCAUAAUGGAUCGGACUCCAAUCCAUUAUGCUCAAUCCGCAGAUCUGAAUCAUCCUGCGGGGGAACGUUGGAUGGAUCGUCGGCAUGCAACCUAUACAGGGUAACACCGGACCC